UGCGACUCAGGCUCUUCGUGGGAGCCACAGUGGAAGCUUUGAGAGAGAGAGAGAGAGAGAGAGAGAGAGAGAUUAGGGUGGCCGAAGGCGAGAUUUGAGAUCGGGAAUUGGCACGUCGAGAGGGAACGGGCAAUGGAAUGGAUCAAGCUACGCAGUUUGAUGUUGUCGUCUGCAGUUCUACGGUUGCUCCUGGUGGCCUACGGUGAGUGGCAGGACGCACACAUGGAGGUCCGGUACACCGACGUCGACUAUCUCGUUUUUUCCGAUGCAGCUGCCUUGGUUGCAGCCGGAAGGUCGCCGUUUGAGCGCUCUACGUACCGCUAUUCGCCCCUUCUGGCUUUCUUACUCGUCCCCAAUUCCUUCAUCCAUCCAUCUUGGGGAAAGAUCCUCUUUUCAGCCGCUGAUUUGCUUGUGGGGUUGUUUGUUGAUGCUAUUUGUAAGCUGCGUGGUGUGCCAGAGAAUCUGCGACUUUGGUCAGUUGCAGCAUGGCUCUUCAAUCCAUUCACUUUCACCAUUGGUACAAGGGGAAACUGUGAACCCAUUGUUUGUGCCGUGAUCUUAUGGAUCAUUUUGUGUGUUAUGAAUGGUAAAGUAAUUCAGGCAGCAUUCUGGUAUGGGCUUAUUGUUCAUUUCAGAAUAUAUCCCAUUAUAUAUUCUCUUCCAUUGAUCAUAGUUCUGAGCAAACAAGGUAUAGAUUCUUCCAGAAAGCCAAACCUUACACAAUGGAGCUCGCAACAACAUAUGUCAUAUUGCAAUUCAAGAGCUUCUUCAAAAGCAUCAAAUUGCUGGAGUUCUAUGUGGCUUUUUCUGGGAGGCAUUCUAUCAUGGAAUACUAUAGCAUUUGGGUUGCUUUCGGCAACCAUAUUUUUCCUCUUAACUAUUGGCUUCUUCUAUCUUUAUGGAUCAGAAUUUUUAAAUGAAGCACUACUAUAUCACCUCACAAGGACAGACCCACGGCACAACUUCUCCAUAUACUUCUAUCAUGUCUAUCUCCAUCACCAAUUGGGAUUCUCAAUUUAUGAGAAGCUUGCAUCCUUUCUACCUCAAUUGAUGGUGCAACUUGUUCUUAUCUUCUCUUUUGCAGAUGAUCUUUCGUUCUGUCUUUUUGUGCAGACAGUGGCAUUUGUAGCUUUCAACAAGGUUAUAACUGCACAGUAUUUUGUUUGGUUCUUCUGUCUUCUGCCUCUGAUUCUUCCCUGGACCAGCAUGAAAAUGAAGUGGAAAGGUUUUAUAUGCAUAACCGUGUGGAUGACAUCUCAAAUGCACUGGCUGAUGUGGGCAUACCUACUAGAGUUCAAGGGAAGGAAUGUCUUCAUACAGUUAUGGGUAGCAAGUUUGUUGUUCUUGGCGGCAAACACAUUUGUGCUGCUCACGAUUAUCCAGUAUCACAAGUACUCACCAAUCUUCAUGCCGUCAGCAACUUCUGACUACACCGACACUAAGAAGUCGGAGUGACUUAUUUUCUUUAUUUUUUACUUGUCGGUAGGAUCUAUUUUAAUGUUAAUACUACUUAAGUUGAUUGCCUGUUAAGUACUAUAAAUAUUUUUUUCACUUCUUUGAGAAGCUGGAGAUGGUAGAAAGUUCAAUCCA